AUGGGUGGGAAGCGUUGCAACUGUUGCAGUUUUCACAGCACGCCUCUCCUGGCGCCACUGCUGUCGUUGGUUGUGAGGCCAACGCCUCAAUAUUUGAUCCGACGAGCCACUUCGAAGCUUCAUCGUGAGUUGGUGGAGGAUACAAGGGCCUCCGACGAUGCUGGAUUGCUUGGAAAUCAGGGUCCCGAGGGAUUCCGCCUCUUGCUUUCUCGAAAGUUUGGCUCUGUAGCAGCGGCAUGGCGUGUGUCUCUGGAUCCGGAUGGCAAUGGACGGAUCUCCUUCGGUGAGUUCAAUCAUCGAUGCCGACAGAUGGGCUUCACCGGGAAUCUGCGAAAGCUCUGGGGCGAGCUUGAUACAGAUAAGUGUGGCUUCAUCUCUUUGAAAGAGAUUGAUCCCAAGGACCGCUGGCAGGUCGCCGUUGAGACCAGGGUCAACCAGUCCCGGCUCGAGAGACCAGGCGACCGCACGGAACGGCGCGGAACGGCGUACCUCGUGGAAUUGAGGUUCUACAAAGUUUUUGAGGAACUUGAAUUGUGUUCAGCAGACUCCGCAGAGAAUCCUGACCUGACCUUGCCACAACAGCAGCACAAAAGGAAGCCUCCCUCCGUUGGUCGGGAGCUGAAGCUCGAAGACUUUGACCCACAGACGGGUGAAGCAGUCUACCGGGCUGAUCCAUGUGCCGAAGCCAUCAGCUAUGGAGGUGGCCGCAAGGCCACCGCAGCACCCAAGCCGAAGGCGCCAUUGUCUCCGCUGAUCAUGUCACGGUGCAACACCAGCCACAACCUGAAGCAGACCCGAUCACGGCUGAAGACGGCGCCCAGCUCGCCGAUGUCUUCGUCGCUCUCAGCAGGCCUUCUCAGUCCAGCGAACCACAGAUCAAAGGCGGACACCUUCGGAGGAAUUGCCUCGCCCUCAGCUGCGUUUCAGUCCAUCAAAACCUUGCCACCCGAUGAGACGCUCUCCCCGCCGCGAUCACCGUCCCGGUCACCUUCCCGUCCAGGCAGCAAGGCGCACACCUUGAAGCUCUCCAGCCUUGACCUUGAUGAAGACGUCUCUCCCAUGUCACGGCCUUGCCACUGGGCGGCAGAUGGCAGCAAAGCGCGCUCACUCAGGGUGGAUGGAGGUGAAGAGCGCUGGGAUGUGGCGACCCCCACGCGGAACUCGGACUAUAUCCGGAGCUGCUCGAAGGUUCAGGUGAUGGACCGUUCGAUUCGGGAAGAAGAAAAGAUCAAUGCUGACGUGGGCAUGAUGAACAAAGACGAGUUGCUGCUCCAGCUCGGGCUCAAGUACGGAUCGCUGCGGAAAGCCUGGAACGAGGUGUUCGAUCCCUUUGACUCGGGCAAGAUUGGAUUCCAGGAGUUCUGUGACCGAAUGCGCAAUAUCGGCUUCCUUGGGGAUAUGAAGGAAUGUUGGAUCGCCCUGGGCGCGGAGCGCGACGGCGUGCUGCGACUCCGGCACUUGGACCGGAAGUCCGAUGAGCUGAUGGAAGGCUUCCACAACACCCUUUGCGACAAGUACGGAAACAUGCUCAAUGCGUGGCAGACGGCCUUUGAUCCCAACGGCCGCAGCCUGAUUGACGAGGCCUCGUGUACUGAAGAGGGUGUGGAGGGCGAUCUGGUGCAGCUCUUCCACGACCUGCUGGCCCGACGGCCCAAGUCCCGGGUGCUCCGGUUUGUGGGCAUUUUGGAUGGCAUCUUGGACCGAAGAGAAAGGUCCUGGUCCUGCAACUUGAGCGGCUCGCUGCAGGAUGACCCUUUGAAGCAGAAGCAAUACAAGAAGAUGUUCGACCUGGCUGCGUACCAGGCCUACGCGCGUAUGGACACUGACAUGAUCGUGGAGGCGCAGAAGUAUGAAAAGACCAACCCGCUCGAGAUGAGCUUCGAAGAGCGGCAGGACAACAUGUUCUCAGUGAAAUGGACGCGCGCGCAGAGCAAGAUCAGUCGGACUGAGAUGGCUGAGCGAACCAAACAGGAGAAUGAAGCUGAUGUGGGCUGCGAGACUCUCAAGACUCUGAAGGCGAUGCUGACCAAGAAAUACAAGAACUUGGCCAUUGCGUGGAAGGUCGCUUUGGACCCACUGGGCCAGGGACACCUCUCCAAGGAGGACUGGUACAACGCAGUGCGAAACCGUGUGGGUUUCCACGGCGACCUCCGACAGCUUUGGAAUGAAGCGGCGAAGCCGGGAGCCGGUGAGGACCGAUUGAAUCACCACUUGCGUGAGAUUCUUGUUGUCAGCUAUAGGAUGCUGAUGGAUGCUGGCCUUCGUGCCCAGAUCCAAGCGGCCAAGCGCGAGUUGGAGGAGAAGACCACCUUGACGCAGCAGUUGGAUUCAGAGCUUCAGAAGGCGAAUGAACGACAGAGCUUGCGACGUGAUUUGGAUCGUAUAAAGAAACGAAUUGCACUGCGAGAAGACAUCAACCUUGACAAGAAGGUUGAGCGAGACAUGAUUGACCGGGAUAUGUGUGGUGAUCACUUGCCGCAGGGCGGCUACAAUGUGCAUGUCCCCGGCCAAAACAAGUAUUCCCAAUCAGAUGAUGCAUCCUCCACAUUUGCCAAGAACGAAGGGCAAGUGAUGAACUGCAGCGAGAUUGUUGCCAAGGGAGAAUAUGUUUGGCGGAUUGAAGGCCUGUCCUGGUUGGAGAACACCUUGAAGCAAAAUGGCCUGUGCUAUGCAUCGUCUGAACCAUUCACGGUUGGAGGUGAAACCUUCGCCUUCGUCUACAACCCUUCUGGAGGCAAGGUGAGCCUUACCGCCGAGGAGCAGCAUGGGUCUUUGGCCAUCAUCCACGAGGAUGACGAUGGCAUCACAUUCCGCUAUCGAAUCUUCAUCAAGAAGAAGGGUGGCGAUUUCGUGCAAUGGGGGGAGACGGGCGAUGAAUGCCAUCCGACCACCGACACCUGCGGCUGGGCCUUUGGUCCUGAUGUAUACCAACAGGAUGGCUGGAGCCGCUAUCCGAAUCGAAAGCCAGGCAUCUUUGGCUUGACGCACAAGCAGCUGCUGAACUCGGAUUGGGUCGAGGAUGACGCAUUGACGGUGAAGUUUGAGUUGGAAGUGCGCCCGGAUGACUGGCCACUGGGCGUCGUUUGGGCGGCGGAUGGUGAUGUGACCUUCGUCGUGCAGGGGGAGACCAUGAAGGCUCAUUCGCCGAUCCUAUGUGCGAGGUCCGAGGUCUUUGAGAAGGAGCUCACCGCGGGCCUACGGGAGUCCACCAGCAAGGAGAUCGUGAUUCCGGAUUGCGAAGCUGCAACUUUCAAAGCGCUUCUGCAGUUUCUCUACACAGACAGCUUCAGCUGUGUGGAAGAGCUGGUGAAAUCCAUUUCUUCCAAUUCCAGCAGCGCGGGGGAUGAGUCACCGGUGCAACGGUUGUCUUUGCUGCAAGGGCUGCUGGCAGCAAGCCACAGAUAUCAGGUGAAGCGCCUUCGACUCUGGUGCGAACAACAGCUCUGUGAGUCCAUCACGGUGCAGAAGGUCUGUGACGUGCUGUGCCAAGCACACCUCUACGAGGCCAAGUCAUUGGAGAAAGCAUGCCUUGCUUUCAUCAAGAACCAUAUGGAGGAAGUUGUAAUCACUACUUCCUUUGGACAGCUCAGCAAAGACUGGCCACAGGUGAUGCUCAAGAUUAGCAUCUUCACUGCUGGGGUAUCAGAAAACCGUGCGACUCCGGCCCUUGACGCCUUUGAGGGAAAAGGGGACGGGGCCACUUGGCUCUUGGUGCGGGAGGCGGAUGGAUCCGGCUGCCAUAUCUCCCUCUACGAUUUGGACCCACAGGCUGUUCAGGUCUUGUGGGACUUCCGUGCCUUCCUUCUGGAAGCAUAUGGUGACAUCAUGACGGCGUGGCACCAAGGGUUGGAUCCCAAGAAGCGUGGAAAGAUCGAGGAGGAGGACUUUGCCAAGCGCUUGAAAGACAUGGGGUACGAGGAUGAUGUCAAGAAGCUUUGGCAGCUUCUUCUAGCGGAGCCGCAUCGAAAAUAUAUCGUCCUCCGCGACAUCGACGCCAAGGCUGCAGAUGCCUUCUUCCGGGGAGAUGACAAGGCAUUGACCCUUUAUGGCACUAAAAGUGGUCCUCGGGCAUCUCCAAGCAAGUGGACAGGAAAGCUGCUCAGCCCAAAGAACGACGAAGAAGAGGGUGAGGAGGCGGCCGCUCGCGGGUCCAGCAGCAAGGAUCCCAAUACUCCGAAGAGCCUGCAGCUGCCGGGGACACCUUCCAAGAGGCCGAACUCCUCGCAGUCGGUGAGCUCGCGUGCUCCCUCCAACCAGUCGGUGGCACGGUCCCAUGCGGGGGACGACGAGGCGGGUCCACGGCGGUGUGGCGGAGCCGUGGGGUCGGAGGAGCUCGGGGCUCGCAAGCGUCAGGGCGCGGAGAUGCGGCUGAGACAGGAAAUGGAUCUGCAAGUAGGGCCCAAGUGCUUGGAUGACUACCGCAGACAACUGGUCAAUGGAUGUGGUAGUCUGGCUGCCGCAUGGAGAUACCGGAUGGAUACGGAAUGCACCGGGCGCAUGUCCUUCAUGCAGUUCGUCAUGGCCAUCGACCGCACCGGGGGGUAUUCGGGCAGCGUGAAGCAGCUUUGGGCCGAGAUCUCCGGUGAGAGAGAUGAAGCAACCUUUCAGGACCUUGAUCCCGAUGGAUUCGAGCUCUUGCAGGUGGACUGGGUAGCAGCUCUGCAUAGCUCUGCCGCCCGGGGCAUUCGCAUUUGCUCUGUCGGGCAGUACGACUUCGAGACCACGUGGGGAGGCAUUCCGGAAACGAAUGGUGAGGCCUUUGGAAUGUGGAUUGUGGAUAACUACGAGAACUUCCCAGGUUUCUGGAAAACCAUCGAGAAGUACAAUGAUGAGCAGCUAGAUGAGGAAGAUUUUGUGGGCAGAUGCCUUGAGACUGGCCUGGAGGGUAUCUCAAAGCGAGAAAUGAAGAGGAUCUUCAAGAUGCUUCUGCCAGAGCCCAGCACUGGUCGAACCAAGCUCAUUCAACCUGACUUGCAGGCGCUCUGCGUUGGCUUGCAUAAUGAUCUUAAGGUCUCGAUCAAAACCACAAGCUCUGAGAAGACGGACAGGGAAGAGGACUGGGACGGAUGGGCGCGCGUGGACUCGCGGCAGGAGUCGAUGGCGUCCCCCAGCUCCUCGCCCAAGUCGCCGCUCCGCCCGCCCUCGCCGGCGUCCCCGCAGUCGCCGGCCACGCCACGGUCGCCGUCGCGGGUGAAGUGUUCCCCGGAGCUGCCGGUGAUCUCCGUGCAGGAAUUUCGCAGAACGCUCAAGAGGCUUUAUGGCAGUGUGCAUGCUGGCUGGGUGAAGUAUUUGGACGUCACAGAGGUUGGACGCGUGCCCAAAGGGGAGUUCGUGAAUCGAGCCCGGGCCAUCGGUGUGACAGGCACCCCGGAGAGCAGUUGA